UACUCAGGCACGUCCGCCAAAAAUACCUCAAUUCAACAAUGGUAAUAUGCCGUAUGAGCUAUUAAUAAAAUCAAAUACAAUAAUUUCAAAUCUUGGAAAAUUUGAACCAAUGGAAAUAGUAGAUACCACACCUAAGACAAUUGAAUUAUCUGAUGUAUUAAAUGCUACAAAAAAUCGCAUUAUAUUGAGAGGAUACGUAAAGACGAAUUUUGCUGAAGUAUAUAACAACAACAUGAACAAAAUUAUUGGAUGUGGUGCAAUAACUGAUGGCACAUUCAAACUGGAAAUUCAUGUAAUAAAUUUUAGUAACGAUGAUUAUACUUUACUUGAUAUUAGAAAAGGUGAUCAUGUAGAAAUUAUUGGUAUCAUGCAAACUACAGGAUCAGAAUAAGAGAAAUUCAACUUCCACGUCCA